AUGCAGCCUCAAACCCCGGAGCUUGCCGUCGUCGUCCGCCACCUUGCGAGCUGCAGGUUUGCCUACUACAUCAACAUUGAGGACUGCCGCAACGGCAAUGUCUUAACCAGCGGCCGACGAGAAGGAGUAUGGACGUAUCAAGUCUACCACCUGUUGUGCCCUGAGAGAGAUAUGCCCUUCAUUCCACCACUCCCUUGUGCCGAGAUCGGAAUUUACUACAUUCUCGCUGAAAUCCUCUCCAAAGAAGAAGGCGAUGGCCUUGGUCUGUCCUAUUUUUAUUUGUUGGUGGAGCUUGCCAAGGAGGCAAAUAAGGUCAUGGUGCGCGUAUAUAUGUUGCAAGAUGGUGCCUGGUGCAUGCUUACCUUGGCCACAAGCCAGCUCCAUUAUCCGCAGCCAAGGCCAAAGCCUGUGCUCGUCCACAACAAAAUCUAUAUGGCUGCCGCCCAAAGUGACGACAUUAUUGUCCUGGAUUUGACAGACUCAAGUUUCUCCACGAUUCACCUCCCACAAGGAGUGGAGUAUGCCUCUUCAGAAAUCAUGUUGUCACAGACCAAUGAUGCUUCUGGUGUAUAUCUCAUUCAUGUCCGUCCCAAGGAGUUUCAACUUUGUGUAUGGCUCCACAAGGGAGGCAACUGGCUGCUGGUAGAUACCAUCUAUUUGCAUGAGAUGCGUGCUAUUUUGGGGAAGAAAGAUCACCCGUAUGUGCGUAUAGGGAAGGUGGGAGACGAUGCUCAGUUUGUAUUUUUAGAGGUUUCUCGAUACAUAUUCUACUUGGAUAUCAAGUGCAGGACACUGCGUAAAGUAUAUGAGGAGACAGAUGAUGAUCGAUGUUAUGGCGGCGUCCAUCCUUUUAUGAUGAUUUGGCCUCCCACAUUCCCUGCCCUCAAGGAUAAUCCUGAAAGGAACAGGAGUGCUAUAUGA